AUGGAUAAUCGGGGAGGGCAUGGGCAACGUGGUUAUGCGAGGCCAGAUAUUUCCCGCCAGUGGAAUGGGCCGCCAGUUGAUCUUUUCCCCAGUAGAGUUUUCGGCGACAGCCGACCAGAAAACGACAGAGAGAGUCGUUCACCGACUCCAAUGGCCUCCUGUGGAGAACGUCAUCCACUGAAAACACCGCCCCAAGACCUGUUCCUCUCACCCUCUGGUAAUUUGAGAGAAUUCCCAGGAGCGAAUUCGCUUGCAUGGGAACGAUUUGGACCUCCAAUGAGCUCAGCUCCGGAUCGAUUAUCAGAUCGUCCAGGAGUCGCGGGGCUUAACACUCCAGCGGAAUCCUCUAGGAGCACUAGGGAAUGGGUGGCAGUUACUGCGUACCAGCCCGUAGACGUCGUGACGAGGACGGUGGAAGUGCCAGUCACUCGGACUGUGGACGUUUUCGUGCCGAAGCCGGUGCUUCGCGAAAAGAUUGUUGAAGUGCCUAAAUUGGUGCCCAAGUACAUAGAGAAGAUUGUCGAAGUCCCACAAAUUGAAUGGGUUGAGCGGGUUGUCGAGGUACCAGAGGUAAUAUACAAUACCAAGGUGGUUCCCAAAGUUGAAAUAAGGGAAAAUAUCGUAGAAAAGCCGGUGUUCCAUCAGAAGUGGGUAGAGAAGAUUGUUGAAGUUUCGGUUGUAGAAGAAGUAAUUCGCUACAGGACCAUCCACGAACCAGAGGAAAUAAUAAAGUACAUUCCUCGAGGCCAUCAAGAGGAAGAGUGGAGAGGAGCGCCUAUUCUGACAGUUCCGCCUCACCAAACUCCGGAACUGCCGCCUAAGUGGGGGGGCACACCCCAGCCUUCUCCCCGACAUCCACUGGUGCAAGCAGCUACUCAACGAGCAGAAUAG